AAUUCUAAAAAAUAAUUUUAGUGUGAAUUUAAACAUAGAGUUAAAAGUAUAUUCUGCUAAAUUAAAAACAAAAAUUACAAGAUCUAAUAAUUAUGAAAUCGUUAACUAACGAUAUAGUAUCACGUCUAUUGGCAGAAUUUGUGGGUACUACCAUUCUAGUAUUCUUAGGCUGUUUGGGUUGUGCCGGCAAUGAAUACAGUUUAUUUAAAAUUGCCUUUAAUAUGGGUUUUACCGUUAUGCUUAUUGUCCAGAGUUUGGGUUGUGUAUCGGGUGCUCAUUUAAGUCCAGCCAUUACAUUGGCCGCUUAUAUUAUGAAUCUAAUCAGUCCUCUUUUGUCUGUGGGCUAUUUUUGUGCUCAAUUGUUGGGUUGCUUUACGGGUUAUGCCCUUCUAAUGUUUUUGAUUCCAAGCUCUUUUUUGCCCACUGGACCAAACGACGAUGGUUUCUGCCUAACAUUGCCACAUCCUGAAUUGGGUUAUAUGCAGGCUGUUGCUAUUGAAUUUAUUAUCACCGCUACUUUGGUAUUCUUUGCCUGCAGUUUUUGGGAUCCCAGGAAUGCCGAAUAUGGUAAAACUAUACCAAUAAAAUUCGGCUUUGCCAUUAUUUGUUUGGCUUGUACUGCUGGCAACUUUACGGGUGCUAGCAUGAAUCCGGCUCGUUCUUUGGCCCCUGCUUUAUGGAAUAACAAUUACAAAUAUCAGGGAGUUUAUUGGAUUGGUCCUUUAGGUGCUGCUGUUGUCAGUUCAUAUUUGUAUAAGCUGGUAUUUUGGCGUGAUGUACAAGAAUGAUUAUAAAAAUUUAAGCAAAAAA